CGGAGCUCUGUGGGUAGUCGACGGGGUCUCCAGGCGACUACAAACCAUGGCGGGGGAUGUGGGCGGCCGCGGCUCCACGGACUCGGAACUGCUGCUGCACCCGGAGUUGCUGUCCCAGGAGUUCCUUCUCCUCACCCUAGAGCAGAAGAACAUAGCUGUUGAAAAUGAUGUCCGAAUAAACAAAGACAACCUUACUGAUCUUUAUGUCCAGCAUGCUAUACCAUUGCCUCAGCGGGAUUUGCCAAAGAAUCGAUGGGGGAAAAUGAUGGAAAAAAAAAGAGAACUACAUGAGAUAAAAAAUGAGACUAAAAGGAGUAACACUGUAGAUGGGUUAAGGAAAAGACCCCUUAUUGUGUUUGAUGGAAACUCAACAAGUACAUGCAUCAAAGUGAAAAGGACAGAGAAUGGAGACAAUGAACGACUCAAGCCUCCCCCUCAGGCAAGCUUUCCCAGUAAUGCCUUUCAAAAAUUAUCAAAUUCCUCUUCAGGUGUUUCACCCCUAAUUUUGUCUUCCAAUUUGCCUACGAACCAUAAGGUGGAAUACAAUAAUGACAAUAAACCAAACCAUGACUUAACGCAUAGGAAAAGUCUUUCAGGUCCUAUGAGGUCACCACCUUUGUCCCCUGUUGCAACUACACCUGUGAAGUUGAAGCGAGCUGCUCCUAAAGAAGAAGCAGAAGCUGUGACUAUCCUGAAGCCCCCAGAAGCAAAGAGGAAGAUACAACAUGUUACAUGGCCAUGAAGGGAUGUUUCCAAAAAUGUAAAUAUAACUGUAACAAGUUUUUCAAACAAGUGCACAUACAUUUGACAGUAUUGACAGAGAUUCUGAUUAUUGCAGAAUUUUCUUAAGAAGAUAAGGUCUUUUUUCCCUCCCUUAAAAAAAUUUCUUGCCUCUCACAUCUUGAUUAGGAAUUUCUUUGUUAAAUAAUGGUUUUAUAUACAUCAUUUAAAUUGGUCCUGCUCAAAUCAUUAACUGCAGACCUGGCAUAAAACAUUUAACCGACUUUAGGAAUUACUCUUACUAAUUUCCUUCAGAGUCUUUGAAGAAGUUUGAGAUUCUUUUUUAAUGCAAAUACUUUAGUAAUUUACUACCAUUUCUGUUAAUUUGCUUUCCUAAGCAUUAUAAUAGUUCAUUACAGCAUUUUAGUAAAUAUUACCAUAUGCAUCCUCAAGGAUUCACCAAAGAAAGCAUCUUGGUAAAUACUGCUAGAAAACGAUUGCGAAUGUACAGAUAAAAUUGCUUUCUUCAAUUGCUUAUAUUGCUUCUUCCUGUAAAAAGCAAAAGGAAAAGCAGUGCUUCCUCCUUGCUGCUGCUCCUCCCCCUGAGAUCAUAUUGUAGGAUUGGCUGUGAGCUGUCUGGAGCAUCCCUUGUCUUGUAGCAGCCCUGCCUACUCUAUUGUGAGUAGCCUGUGAUCUCACUCUGAGUUUAGCUAUUAUUCCCUUCUGGGAGCUUAACCUCUUAAAAAAUGAAGUUGAUUUAAAAAUCUUCAGGCUGAGUAAUCAUGUUAGAGCAUAUGGCACUUGGUAGCAGAAAGUUUAGAGAAUUGAUGGGGAGCCAUAGAAUUCUACUUGGGAGAGUACAGAAAGUGUGGUAGUGAGGGGCAAAAGGUCUGCUCUGAUGUAUGCAGUAGAGAGGCUACUGGAAUCCAAAUUCACUGCAUGGUGCUGCAGAGGAGAAUGGACUUCUGGUAGACUGAGGCCUCCUGUUGUGUAACACAUACAACUUCCCACACAACUAUCCCAUGUAGGAAAGAGGUUUUCUUUUUUUCUUUUUUUUUUUGUGCGUGAGACUGUCACUUCCAAUAUAAUGGAAGGCAAUGAGAAAAUAGUAUUCACAUUAUGUUCAAGAGUUUUAGUAUCUACUUUUCUGCUAUGUAUUUCUAACCAAGAGCAAAAGAUACUUUGUACUUUUUUUAAUAUAUAUAUAUAUCUUCAAAUUGAGGUUGACUCUUUUCCAGUGAGUUUUAGAGGAAUCUCUUUCCUCUUUCAAUUUGUUAAAACAACUUGUUCAGCUAGUGAGUAGCCUUACAAAAAAUUAAUUCAGCCUUACAGGUAAGUUCUAACCCUAGAGUUUUUAAUCAGCUCUGCCUUUAUUCUGGACUAAGUCUAUAACACAUAAGACAAAAUGGAUAUGUAUAUUAGUGUUACAUAAAUUAUUGAUGCUAUAGUAAGUUUUACUGUAUUAUUAACUUGAUGGCUGACGCAUAUUGUGGAUGAGAACUGUGAUUCUCUCCGUAAAUAUUAAGAUUUAAAAGUUCAGGUUUUAGGUAGAAUGACAAAUUAUAUUUUGUAUUCAGUUAUCCUUCAGCUUCCACUUGUAUUUCUCUCUUAAUUAGGAGAGAGUUAGCAAUUUGACGAUUUUAAGUCAGUGAGAACUUUUAGUUACUCUGAAAUUAAUUUUUAAUUUGUAUAUUUAUAAACUUACAGAGUAGGUUGAUAAUAACAGCUGAACUGUGUAACAUUGUUGCUUCAAAUUGAAGUUUAUAUUAUGAACAUCAGAGUCAGUGCUUUUCUAGCAGCAUAUUAUUGAACUGUUAUGAGUUUGAAAGGUGAGAAGUGCUGCAGUGCACUGUUUGACGUGUUUCCCCCAUCCUAGAGUGAGUGCCAUGCCUUCUGCAGCAUGUGGAAACUGCUCAUCCGCCACUGGCUCUCUCACAUAGUGAAGCAGGCCUAGUGCUACAAAUCUGGGGCGCAGCACCACUGCGAGUCUUAGCUUCUAAGUUGUAUUUUCCUGUCUAGAAAAAGCUUAGGAAGAUUUGAUGUGAAUGGUGAACCACUUCAGAAUAAUCUUUGUGUUGCUCUUGGUUCUGUAUUCCAAUAGAGCCAGUUAUCUUAUUACUAGGUUAGGCAAUGAAUAAGAUUAAAGUUAAUAGGUGACUUGUGAGGUACCACAACUUGGUGUUAGCAGGUUGGUUUAUUCUUUUUUAAUUCUCUUCUACCUUUUCCUGUCCCCUCCCCUCCCCCAUUAUAUUUUUUUCUUUCUUUUAUUCCUCGAUUCUCUAGAUUCUAAGCAUCAGUCUGAGAUUUGCAAGUCAUAUUGCUGGCCCUACACAUUCAGUAAAGGGUAGAAAUAAACUGAGCCCCAGUCCUCUGAAACUUGAGGGAUCACAGACUGCCAUGUGGUUUAUGCAGUCUCAGGACCUGCAGCCCAGGCACUAAAUUGCUUCCUACAGCAGUACAAUUUUCCAAGAUAACCUUCUUCCUCUAGAUAGCUAACAGCCAUUUUGGAAAAUCGGUUCGCUGCUACUCUGAUGCUUUGCUGUAUUUGCUAGUGUUAAAUUCUUCUGAAUUGGAAUUUUUGUUUGAAAUGUUUUGGUUGACUUAGAAUUUGAGAGAUGAUUCUAAAGCUGAUCUAGAGAGUCAUUGAAUAGCAAUGAUUUUUUUAAAACUUACAUUAAGUAAAACUGCCAGUAGAUUAAAUCAUAAAUGUAUGUAACAGCUUCCUCUACUACUGUAGAACUUCAGUAAUUUUUAGAAGCUAACAAAUGGUCAAAUGUUCUUAAGUGUGCUCUUUUAUUAAAUGCUUGUUCAAGUUUUGUAACUCAGUACACAAAAGUUUGAACUUGUACAUUUUUGUAUGUAAAAGUCUUUUAAGUCUUUAUUUAAACUGAAUAUAAUUAUCUUGAGUAGAUCUGCCAUUCAUAAAAAAUAAAAUAAAAUGGAAAAAUAUUCUG